UCUUCUGAUACCAAGCGAGCAAGCCACCAACACCCAAUUCCAUCAUGGUGUUACGUCAUGACGAACUCGCGUUUGUUCUACUCUUGAUGUCGAAAGCUACUUCUACAACACGCCUGCUGUGAUGUGAUGUUAUUGUGUGUGUAGCGGAGUCGUAUUACGAAGCCUGCUUGUUAGUUCGUUAGUUGUUAGUUGUGCGAAGCUGGCGUCGGUCUGCGUUUCGACGCUUAUCGAUUAUAUCGUCUUAACACCGAACCGAAACGGCGACGCCGACGGACAACGUCCUCGACGCAUCGAAUCCAUGUGUUAAUACGAUUGUUAUUGAAAGUGAAAACUCGACGGAGGAAUGAGUACCUCUUUUUUAUACCGAAACGUCAAGCUAGUUUUGUUACCGUUAGCUACAAAAACUAGUACAUCUCGUUGAGGCACUUGCGGCGAUUUCUCUUUUUGUUGUGGAUAUUUAUCUCCUCUUUCUACCUGUUCAGGACCGGACGACAUUAUCUAUCAACAGGAUGACCGAAGGAAAAGAAAAUGUGCCUCAGGAAGCCACAGUAGCCAACCCUAUUUCCACCGAUCCCCUUUGUCGAUUAGAAACGUCCUCGACCUUUCCAGAAAAACCUAAAGAAAAAUUCAUUCCACAUAUACGAUGGCCAGACCUCAUCGCCCAAGUGUAUAUACACGUUGGACUACUUUAUGGUGUAUACCUCAUGCUUACGUCAGCUAAACUAGCCACUUCGUUGUUUGCAAUAGCAACGAUCUAUACAUCAGGGUUUGGAAUCACAGCGGGGGUUCAUAGACUUUGGUCACACCGUGCCUAUAAGGCCAAAUGGCCUCUUAGACUGAUUCUAGUAUUUCUUUUUACAAUUACAGGUCAAAAACACGUCUAUGCUUGGGCAUUAGACCACAGGGUUCAUCACAAAUAUAGUGAAACCGAUGCCGAUCCCCAUGAUGCCCGAAGGGGAUUCCUUUUUUCCCACGUAGGGUGGUUAGUAUUGACACCUCACCCUGACGUAGUAGCCAAAAGAGCAGCUGUGGAUAUGAGCGAUCUCGAAGCCGACCCAAUUGUUAUGUGGCAGAAAAGAUUGUAUCCAAUUUUGUUCUUCUUGUUAACGAUAUGUCUACCAGUAAGUAUUCCUGUUUAUUUCUGGAACGAAACACUUUGGAAUUCCUAUUGGAUCAACUUUAAUACGAGAUUUGGUACAACACUUAACAUUGCAUUUUGUGUCAAUAGUAUCGCACACAUGUGGGGACAAAAACCUUUUGACAGGUACAUAAGUCCCGUAGAAAAUGCAAGUGUAUCUAUAGCAGCAUUGGGCGAAGGCUGGCACAACUACCAUCACGUGUUCCCAUGGGAUUACAGAACAAGCGAACUGGGCUCGAAAUUUAACCCUUCGACUGUUUUCAUCGAUUUUUUUGCGAAAAUAGGCUGGGCUUAUGAUCUCAAAUACGCCUCGAAUAAAAUGAUAGAGAACAGGGCUCGAAAAACGGGUGAUGGGAGCGAGAUUUUAAGUAGCAGCGUCAAUUGUACAGACAAGGAUGAUGCAGACGACCUACAACCUCCUAAAGCUGAGAAAUUCGAAUGAGUACCCUUCCAAUUUUUAAUCAAAUACGCCGAUAAUCUUUUACAAUGUUCCUUUCAGUAUAAGCCAUAAAGAUUAUGUGUCCUAUUUGAUAGAGGGGCGUCCCCUAUAUGAGGGACAGGGGACGGUUAGAGAAACAUUUUCGUGAUGAUCUUAAGUGCAUGAACAGAGAUGACCAAAUAUUAAGGGAGGAUGAAGUUGUCACAGAUAUUGGAAAAGAAACGCAUAUAUGUAUGUAGUCCUAGGAUUAUUAGGAUUGCGUUUUUCUUCCUGCGCCCUGAACUCCCUAUAAAAGUGUUGCAAACCCUCGUAUAGGAGGCGCCUCUCUAUCAGACAGGGCGCAUGCGGUAAUUGUGCCGAACGGGUUUUUUUAAAGUGCUUUUUUUGUUUUCAUUUUUAGUUUUAAACUAGUUAUUUCUCGAUGUUGUUGCAAUCACAUUUUCAAUUCUACUUUGGCUUUUACGCCGUCUCUACUUUUUAAUUUCAGUAAUAUGCUUAAUAAAAGUAUAAGGAGACAAAAAAAUUAAUUUGUCAUUUCUCGAUUUACGUAACAAGAUUAGAUCUGUAACGCAAAGGAAGGACCAAUGUUUAUAAAAAAAUAUUUUUCGACAAAAUGAUUACUUUAUUAUAGAGCAAUACUUGGGUAUGUAUUUGAAAGUGUACGAUUUCGAAGAAUUAUCCUAACAAGAGCUACGCAAUUUUGUCGUCUAUAUUAUACACUACACUAACCAAAGAGUUGUACCAGUAAUCACAAGUGCAAUUGUAAUGAAAACUUUACGUUGUUCAUAAUGUUAUUUUAAAUAAUAUAAUAGCAUGUUAGUGAUAACAUGAUUUUUUUAAGAGUGUGUGUCGAUUGUCGAAGCAAUGUGUCAUCUACAUGCGAUAUGCAUUCCAUUAUACGAUUUGUAUGUAACAUUAUUUAUUUAUUUGUUCUGCUGAUGAUGAAAAUGUGUAAAUGUGCUUUCGAAUAAAUGUUUAUUUUCUGUU